AUGGCGCAAAAAAUGUCAAAGAACAAAUGUGGAAAGCUUUAUUUCAACGGACAACGGACUGACGAUCAAACAAGAUUGCAAAUCAUUGAUCUGUACACAAACGGUAAGACGUACCAGCAAAUGAGCGAUAUUACUGGAAUCACAAGGGGUGGGUGUCAAAAAGUCGUAAAGCAGUUUGUCGCGUCAGGAUCUAUCAGCAGGAAGUUACGGCGGUACAGGUCUCCAACAAAAAUGACACCAAACGUACUUCAGUUUAUUGAAUAUGAGAAAAAACGGCAACCAAGUAUUUAUGGAAGGGAAAUACGGUCGGAUUUAUUGAGGAGAAACGUAUGUUCACCUGAUAGUUUACCAUCGGUACGCCAAAUAAACAGAGCCAUUACAGAGGUACUUGGAAUGACGCGAAAACUUGUUCAAAGUGUCCCGACAGAGACCAAAAACCACGAUCAAACAAUAGAAAAUUUUAUUGCGAGGGCUAUGCAGUUUUCCCCGGAACAACUUCAUUUUUUUGACGAGGCCUCAGUUGUACGAACCGCAGGAAAUAGACGAUAUGGCCAUGCGUUCAGAGGUGAGAAAGCUAUCGAAAUUCAACGGUACGCAAGUAAUGCUACUUUCACAGUGAAUGUUUCAUGUGGUUAUUUUGGUUUGGAUCAUUUUGACAUUAUUCUUGGCCCUUCCAAUGCUUAUGAAAUGUUGACUUUUUUUGAUGACCUAAUGCAAAUGAAUAAUGACAUGGGUAAUCCAGUUCUUGCGCAUGGUGACUGUAUUAUCAUGGACAAUUGUGGCUUUCAUCACCACAGGGUUGGGGAGCAGUUGUUACGUGACAUGCUAGGCCAAAGAAACAUUACACUGUUAUUCCAACCACCUUAUUGUCCCGAGUUUAAUGUGACAGAAUAUGUGUUCCACUUGAUGCGCAACAAACUGAGGGAAAAUUCAGAAUUCGUGUACAGCUUCACAGAACUAUCCAUAGUAAAUGCUUUAACUUCUAUUGACAAAUUGUGUUUUCCAAAUAUAUUUCGCAAAUGUGGCUAUGUAUAA